CCAAACUGACGCCCAACAUUAUGAGCGUCGAUUCAUAGCUUCGAGAUGAGAGACACCGGUAGAAUACCCGUUUAACAGCAGGUAGGCUAGACUUGCUUCUUUCCUCGAUUCAUGCAGGCCGGGGUAGUGAGGUUUGCUGCCGCGGGUGCGUGGAUCUGGGCCAGACUCCAAAAUCGGUUGACAAGGGAGAGAAACAGGAUGUUCUCGAUCGCGGCUCUGCACAAUGGAGGUAAGCAGUGCCAAUUAUUGCACAUGCCUAGCUAGCAUCGUGUAUUUCUCUCUUCACAACGCUUCUUGAACGUAAUCUUCACGAACCUUCAACCUUUCCAUGGAUACCACAGAACUGGACGACUCACUGUAUCGAGCUUGCAUCGCCGAAGACUUGGCGCAGGUUAAACUUCUGAUACAAGAACAGAAUGCGCAAGUCGACAAAAUCAUAGGCCCUCCUGGCCAGCUGGAUUAUUGCUUGAACCAUGCGACAAAGACUGGAUCUGUCCCUUUGGUGCGCUUCCUGCUCGAGCAAGGCGGCGCUCCUGUCAAUGCCGGUGCUUUGCGCAUAGCUGCCUUCGGAGGGGAUCUGCCAAUGUUGCAGCUUCUGCUCGAACCAAUCAAAGCACAUCUGACGACUUCGGGCAUGUCCAGAAAAUGGCGUGGAGAUCUUGCUUCAAUCUUGGUGGGCACCACUAGAAGGGGUCGUAGCGAGACGGCAGAAGCUCUGAAAGUCUUCCGUACCCGAAUUGACGAUUUUGACAAAUCUGUCGAUGCCGGACUACUUGCAGCGUGUGCCGCUGGUGAUAUGCGCUCUGUCAGAUACUUCGUCGGACUUGGUGCUGGAAACAAAGUCGAAGCUCUAUCUACCGCCGCCGAGUACCAUCAGUUCGAACCUCUACAGUACUUCCUGGAAAAUUAUUCUUUCGAGCCCGAGGACCUUGGCGAUCCUCUGAUCUCGGCGGCUGUCAGUGGAGACAUGGACUCAAUCCUUUUGCUCAUCGAACAUGGGGCGGAAGAUGAAUCAGGCGCAGCAUUGUCCAAGACUGCAAAGUUCUCUCACACAGAGGCCGCACAGCAUUUCCUUAACACCUUCAGAUACACAACAGACAAGCUGUCUACAGCUCUCUCGGCAGCCGCACGCACAGCCGAUACAAACGUCAUGGAUAUGCUCAUUCAGAGGGGUGCUCGAGGUUCUGGUGCGUUGAUCGUCGCAGUCCAGAGAAGUCAUCUCUCAGCAACCGAGCUUUUGAUACGAGAUCUUUCACCUACCCAGGCUGAGCUAUCAAAGGCUUUGGAGAAGGCCAUGUUCAUUUGGUUGCGACCUGUGCAGACUUCGAGACCAUAUCUCUCGAGGGCUUCAAGUUUCUCAUCCAAAAGCACAAACGACGGCAUUGAGCCGCCGACGACAGUACCGGAAGUUCUCAAAUCUCGCGAAGUGUCACGAAGGCGCAUCGUCGAGGUUCUCUUAGCAGCAGGUGGUCGACUUUCUGAGCUUUAUUACUGCCGUCUACUAGAGAUGAUGAUUCUCACUCAAAAUCAAUAUGGCGUGGAGCUAUUACACAACAAUGCCAAGUAUACGACGGUGGACACCCUGCCCGACGCAUACUUGAUCAGUCUGGCUAUCUACCACCAACAGGACGCCAUGGUGGAUCUCUUACUCGAAUUCCCCAUUAUGCGCAAUCAGUCCGCGGGAGAAACAGAAGAGACAAUCGAUCUGAGCAGCGUGCAGACGAUCGCCGAAAAGACCGUUGCGUGGGAGUCGAAAGUCUAUAAUCCCAUACCCAGCCCACUCAUCAUGGCAGCAAAAUCACGAAACGAGCAAUGGGCUAGAGCGCUGAUCAACCACGAGGAGACCGACAUCAACGAAUGGUGCUCUUACAAACCCACCAAAAGGCUUCUGAGCUUCUAUGGCUCUGAUCAAAAGACACAAACGCCGAGGGAAGAACAGUAUGAAGAAUUAGGAUGUCCAUUUGGCACUGAAUCGUUACGAGACUGUGCUCUCUCAAUGGCUGUACGCUCGGGGGACCUACCUAUCAUUCGUAUGCUCAUAGAGAGUGGGGCAGACCCUUGGGUGAAUCGACAAGGCAUCUCUACCCUCGAAUUGGCAGCUCAAACAGGAUGCCUGCCAGAAAUUGUGCUAUCCUUGGAGAACUCUACUCCCGAGUUCAAAAUCGACCGAAAGGAAUGGGAUGGCGGGAAAAGCAUGUUGCACUGGGCCGCGAUGCAUGGAGACGGCGACAUGAUCAACCUGCUGUGCAAGAAGGGAGCUACAGUCGACCUCUCCGAUGGAAUGCACAAGACGCCAUUACACUCAGCAGUGGCAGCGGGUAACAUUGACACAGUCAAAAGUCUGCUCUGGGCUGGAGCCAGUACAUCACGGAGAGAUGUGGAGGACAGCCUGUGUGUGGAUGAGCUUGCCGCGAAGCUAGCACAAGAAGCUUUCUGGUCGGAUGAGUUGCGAGCAGUCAGGUUUGAGAUCAGCCACUUCCUCAAAGACUGGGUGAGGAACAACAUGGAUAGGCUGGAUGCUGCCAAUAUCCGCAGGGAAUCAAAAGCGGCCGAAGAGAAGGCAAAAGUGGAUGAAGCUUCACAGUCAGUGGGAGAUGAUCUACUAGACCAUUUUAGCGAUGAUGAUAGCGUGCAUUGGAGCGAAGGAGAGUGAUUUCAUUGAUGAGCAAGUAGGUAAUGACUUAGAUAUACACACGGCCCUUUAUGAUAAUACACAACAAGCAUGCG